CUGCCGGGUCCCCGACCCGCAGGUCCCAGGUCCCGGCGCGGCGGUCCCCAUGAGCGCCAGUGACUUUGGCUUUAGCUAGGUGGGUCGUCACCAGGAUGACAGCCUUGCACCAAAUCAGAGGGCGGCGCUCGCCGGGAGCCCCGGGCGUCACCCGGAGCUCCCGCGGAUUAGAACUCGCCUCUCCUAGCUCCUCCCCUCAGUCCCAUUUAAAGCUCCCACGGGCUUUACCGAAAAAAUUAAGAGCGGGCUCAGUUUCUGCAGCGCCUUCUUCCACUGCAAGAUGAACACGGUUCUGCCUUGCCAAGACCAGUACUUUGUAGGAGGCCAGAACUAUAAUUGCCCGUAUUCCACUACAACGUCAGAAUCUAGUGUUGACGUUUCCACGGAGACUCGGGUCUCUUUCUGGGCUGCUGGUCUCCUGGACAACAGAGAGCCCCAACAAGCACCACAGGCACAGGUUUCCAUUUGGUGUUUUCACAUAGAAACAUCCAGUGACUCAAAUUUCCCUGUUCCUACCUUGUGUUCUUGGGAAGAGGCUCAGCUUUCCUCUCAGCUCUACAGAAACAAGCAGCUCCAGGAUACUCUGGUGCAGAAGGAAGAAGAACUUGCUAGGUUACAUGAAGAGAACAACCAUCUCAGACAAUACCUGAAUUCUGCUUUAGUUAAAUGUCUUGAGGAAAAGGCCAAGAAAUUGCUGUCAUCAGAUGAGUUCUCCAAAGCAUGGGGAAAGUUCAGAAAGGGGAAGAGGAAACCCAAAGAGCAAAGAUAUUUUCCUCCUGAGAUCCCCCAUCACAAAAAUGCCAAGAGAAACCUCUCUAGUGAAUUUGCUAACUGUGAAGAACAACCUGGGCCCCCUGUGGAUCCCUGGGUCCUUCAAACACUUGGGUUAAAAGACCUCAACACCAUUGAUGACACCUUAUCAGCUAACUACAGUGCCCUCUCCUCUCAUCCCACAAGAAUCAUCAGCACGUUUCCCCAGUUCCCAGAUGAUGCAGUUGAUUAUGAAAAUGCUCCCCAGGAGGAUCUGCCAAUUGACUACGGAGGUGACAGACCAGCCCCGUCGCACAGCACUGCCAGCCACAGGGAAGAUUUUCCCUUCCUUUCUCAACUUUCAAAUCCACCAGGAGGGCUGGAAACUCUUCCUUACUAUGCUUCUGAUGUGUCACCCAAUAAGACGGAGAUGGCCUUUUCCACAUCCCUGAGUCCUCACUGUAAUGUGAAAACUCAUUCCUUCCACCAGGGUCAAGCCUUUGUUCGUCGCGAUGAAGACGGAGGCUGGAAGUUUACCUGGGUCCCUAAACAGUCUCAGUGACCCCUCUUCUAUCACAAAGGACUGCCGCGAACUCUGUUUACAAAGACCUCUCUUGCACUUGAACCUGACUAUGUGGAAUACGGAAGCUAUUGCCCAGACUGUUUCCUGCCACUUUAAGUGUCACUCUCAAUUACCCACUUAAAUCUGCAGAGAAUAGGUUCCAAGAAUCCAUAAUGAAACAUGCCUGCUCUUCUUUCACCUAAAUUUGACUUGUUUACGCAGCAACACCUGCUGUUGACUUCCUCCCUUUGCCCUAUACUUGAAAAGGUAUUUUCCGAUUGCCUGAAUAGUCCUUUGAGACCUACCUAUGCUGUCCUAACUAUAAUGGGUCUGACAGCUUUUCCUCUUUCAUCAAGUGGUCUAAGUGUUCGCAGAGUUCACCCUUCCACCUGUCUCCCUCUCCUGCUCCUCUUCAUUUCUGAAAACUGCCUUUAGAAUGAGUGCUAUUAUUGCUCCAACUGCCUGUUAUUGAGUGUUCAAAUAGCUGAGGAUGGGGUAGAAACAAGUGUCUUUGCCCAUCACCAUUUGAAGACAUAAUGAGAGUAAUGUCCUGUGUAGAUGUGAGUAAUGUUAUGUGUAGGGCAUUUCAGUAAGUUGAGUGUCCCGCAGUAGAGUUGACAACGAGUCUCUUCUAACAGCUAUGACUCUACUGAUAAGCAAUACCACUCAUAAAAGAUGAAAGAGAAUUAAAAUUACUUCAAAACAGCCCGUGGUAGAUCAGCUUCCAUAGGCAUCUGACAUUGUGUCUUUAACCAACAUGGCUCAAGCAAGAACAUUUUGAGGGACUUGUGGUAAGAGAACGAGUCAUCACCCUAAACUACUCAGAUGCUGACAAACUUCUAUUCUGUGAAAGUAUAGUCCAGCCUAGCCUGGCACUGUCUCACUCAUUCAUGUAUUCACUUUUUCAUUCAUCAACCCACCCUAAAUUUCUGUAGAACACCUACUAGACCAGGCACUGUGCUGUGGGAUGGUGAUAAAAUGUCACCAAGUUAGACACUGUAGCCACCCCAUGAAACUUAGAGCCGCUCAUUUACUGUGACCUUGAGAAAGCUAGUUCCCUGGCGUGAAGAUUCAGUUUUCCUAGCUGGAGAAUACAGAAGUUGGACUAAAUAAUUACUAGCAUUCUCUGAAUUGAGGCUGGUUGCCAUCAGCUUUACUCAAACACUGCCAUCCCAGGUCACUGUUGUCUUCAGUUCUGAUAGGCACUGCAGAUAUGUUGGGUAAACUUU